CAACUUGCGGACCCAUUCGUAGAAGUCCACCCAUCCGCCCUGACCUCCUCCACCCGCCUCCUUUUACCGAAAAAAAUAAAAUAGCCGCCGCCCAAACUCACUUUCGGCGCCACCAAUCGUCUGCAAUAAUGCUGCGAUUUUUUUUUUCAGUUGCAUUGAGGGACAAGGCGCCCAGAUCGUAAUCAAUUGCGCCAGCGUUUGAGGCAAAUCAUAUUUAAUGAUGGCUGCGAUAUACAGCUAAGAUGGAUGCCGUCAAUUUCUGCACAGCCGUGGCUGCGAUAUGCGGACGAGUAAAGCUUUCGCAAUUGCUUGCGUUUUGUCAUCCAUCCAGAAAGCGUCUGAUGCCAUGUUCCUUUUCGGGCUUCUUCCUCUAUGUAUAUCCGCGGGCCUCCUACCAAAUACUGAAUAGCAGGAGCGAGAUAAAGCGACAAGGGAGAAGAGAAACGAUGAGUGGGAGUGGGAGGGUGGUGUGCGUGACCGGUGCGUCCGGCUAUAUUGCUUCCUGGCUCGUCAAGCUUCUCCUCCAGCGCGGAUAUACCGUGCGCGCCACCGUCCGGGAUCUUACUGGUCCAAAGAAAAUUGAGCAUUUACGUGCCUUGGAAGGAGCCAAUGAAAGACUACACCUGUUUAAAGCAAACUUGUUGGAAGAGGGCUCUUUUGAUUUAGUGAUUGAGGGGUGUGAGGGUGUUUUUCAUACAGCAUCUCCUUGCUAUAUACAUGCCAUGGAUCCACAGACUGAGUUGAUUGAGCCAGCAGUGAAGGGGACACUCAAUGUUUUCAGUUCAUGCGUAAAAACUCCUUCUGUCAGAAGGGUGGUUGUAACAUCGACAAUGGGUAGUGUUUACUACAAUGGAAGACCACGAACACCUGAUAUCAUAGUUGAUGAGACAUGGUUUUCUAAUGCAGAGUUUUGUAAGCAGGAAAAGAUGUGGUAUCAACUCUCGAAGACGUUGGCGGAGGAGGUUGCUUGGAAGUUUUCAAAAGAUAAUUCUAUUGAUAUGGUAACUAUACACCCAGCAUUUGUCAUAGGUCCUCUUUUGCAACCUACUCUAAAUACGAGUGCUGCUGAAUUUCUGAAGUUGAUAAAUGGAUCUUCUACAUAUCCAAAUGUAACUUAUGGGUGGGUCAAUGUCAAAGAUGUUGCCAUGGCACAUAUUCUGGCAUUUGAGGUUCCUUCAGCAAGUGGAAGAUAUUGUUUAGUUGAAAGUGUCGCCCACUGUUCAGAGAUUGUGAAAAUUUUACAUGAACAAUAUUCUGCUCUUAAACUACCUGAAAAGUGUGCGGAUGACAAGCCCCUUAUGCCAAUAUAUCAUGUCUCUAAGGAAAAGGCAAAAAGCUUAGGUAUUGACUAUAUUCCUCUAGAGACGAGCAUCAAGGAGAUUGUCAAAAGCUUGAAGGAGAAGGGAUUUGUUAGUUUUUGAAAAUUGGCAGUUGCAAAAUGGAAUUUAACUAAAUUAGUUGGGACAGCGCAUGAUGGUAUUACGAAGACAUAGUAACAUACUGCUGUUUGAGAGUACUUAGAACUAUUGAGAAUAUCCUUAAGCUCCAUCAAAAUAUUGGAACUUUCAAGUUUGUUUUAUGCAAUUGUGCAACCUUUGCUUUAUUUGUUAUGGAGACAUUUUCAAGAUGUAAUACAAGUGUACUAUGUUUGAGUGUGUUUCACGCCUGAUAGUUGUGUUUUGCUGGCCA